GGUUGAAAAAUACCGGCCACAGACUCUGAAUGAUCUCAUUUCCCAUCAGGACAUUCUGAGUACCAUUCAGAAGUUCAUUAGUGAAGACCGCCUACCGCACCUGCUUUUUUAUGGCCCUCCAGGGACAGGAAAGACAUCCACCAUCCUUGCCUGCGCUAAACAGCUCUACAAAGAUAAAGAAUUCGGCUCCAUGGUCUUGGAGCUGAAUGCUUCAGAUGACCGCGGAAUAGAUAUUGUCCGAGGACCAAUUCUGAGCUUUGCCAGCACGAGGACAAUAUUUAAGAAAGGGUUUAAACUCGUGAUCUUGGAUGAAGCUGAUGCCAUGACUCAGGAUGCCCAGAAUGCCUUAAGACGAGUGAUUGAGAAAUUCACUGAGAAUACCAGGUUUUGCCUCAUCUGUAACUAUCUGUCCAAGAUCAUCCCCGCCUUGCAGUCUCGGUGCACAAGAUUCCGAUUUGGUCCCCUGACGCCUGAUCUCAUGGUUCCCCGCCUAGAACAUGUUGUAGACGAAGAAAAGGUGGAUAUAACUGAAGAUGGAAUGAAGGCCCUUGUAACUCUGUCCAGCGGAGAUAUGCGACGUGCUCUGAACAUUCUGCAGAGCACCAACAUGGCCUUCGGGAAGGUGACAGAGGAGACUGUCUACACCUGCACGGGGCACCCACUCAAGUCAGACAUUGCGAACAUUCUGGACUGGAUGUUGAAUCAAGACUUCACCACAGCCUACAGAAAUAUCAUGGAGCUGAAAACUCUGAAGGGGUUGGCACUGCAUGACAUCCUGACGGAGAUCCACUUGUUCGUGCACAGAGUUGACUUUCCAUCUUCAGUUCGAAUCCAUUUAUUGACCAAAAUGGCAGACAUCGAGUAUAGACUUUCUGUUGGCACCAACGAGAAGAUUCAGCUGAGUUCCCUCAUUGCUGCUUUUCAAGUCACCAGGGAUCUGAUUGUCGCAGAGGCCUAGAUGCUCCAAGGCCUGUUUACCACAUUUCGGGUGAAAUGCUGCCUGACCACAAGAUGAGGCCAUGACAUCACCUGUCUUGGAAAACUCUGUCGCAUGGAUGGGCAGAUAUUUAAAUAAUACUGCCUGUGCCUGUUUGGACCAGGAAUGUACAAUUGAUUUUGGUGUAUAACUGCCCAGCCCAUCUGUCUUUUAUAAAAGAAAAAAAAAAAAAACUUUUUGGCAUUAAGGUCUUUACCCUUCAGUUGUUUAGAUGACAAGAAAUUGGCCUACCUCAUUUUGGUCUGGAACCUAAGGUUUUCAUAUCAGAUAUGCUUUAAUAAGUGACUUCUGACCCAAGGUAAAAAAACAUCUCCAAAGUUAUUCAUGAGUGUAACCUUUGGCACUAUCUCUGUAUCUACUUUAAAGAAGUGCUGAGGAAUUCCUGGCCAAAAUUACUGUAUUACAAAGCAGAGUGAACUGUCUUACUUUCAAAAUGGGUCUUUUGCCUGGUGUAGUGGUACAGGCCUAUAACCCCAGCACUCAGGAGGUGGAGGGCGAAUCUUUAGUUUGAGGCCAGCCUGGGCUGCAUAGCAAGUUCCAGGUCAGCCUGAAUGACAUAGCAAGACUCUGCCUACAAAACACCCUGGUCUCUUAUUUUCUGCGGACUCCCAAGUUGUGGUGUGGACCACAGGAAAAACUAUCAAGAGUUAGCCUUUGAAAUUGUGCCUCUGCGGGCCAGCAGUUGUGUAAAUUUGCACGGUGCGGGAGAGUGUGUGUCAGUAGACCUGACUCUAACCUGAAGAUGCUGCAAGGGUUGGGAUGGCUGUACAAAUGCAGCAGUCUAAGAGCAGCUUUGCUGCAUUUGUGUUAAGUGCAAGUGACUUCCUUUUUUUUUUUUUUUUUGGUGAGACUGGGGUUUGAACUCAGGACUUCACACUUAAAAAGCAGAUGCUUUACUGCUUGAGCCACACCUCCAGUCCUCAAGUGACUCUUCACCAGUGAUAAAGAUGCUGACUUGUCUAACUUGUAUUUAUUUUAAAGCCUUCUGACAUCAGAGAGAAACUUUCUUUGGAGGCUGUUCUUUAUAAAGCAUCAAAUCUUUAGCUUGGCCUCAACUUAACCAUGCUUUGACUUACAAUUUUUAGACUUUACGAUGGUAAAAAAGCAAUAUGCAUCCUGUAGAAAUCGCAUUUCUGGUGUUGGUCUUUUUCCUGGGCAGAGGCAGAAAGCUACACCUGGCAGCACAGUCGCAAAGGGGAACUGAGGCUCUGUGGUAUGCAGUUGCCAUGUGAUGGUAUUCAUGCAUUUGGACUUGACAUUUUCAGCUCACAGUGGGUUUAUUGGGAUGUAACCCCAUUGUAAGU